CCCUGCUACAACUCUCCAGCACAUCGUGAUGCCAUUUUAAUAGAAACACACAGCAGACCUUAUAGCGGAGAGAGGAGAGAGGGUCUUUUGUCACCGCCCCCCUCCUGUUUCGUUUUUUUAACCAGUCUUGGUGCAGGACUGCUUGUUUGGCGCACCUGCAGCUUCGUCCGACCCACAGAGAACCACUGGCAAAUUGUCUAGCUUUUGUCAUCCCUUUGGAGCCUUCAAGUUGUUGAAGAAGAAGGAUCCAUUUCUCCCCCCAAAAAACUGAGGACCUACGGGAGCCGCCGCUGAAACGAGGAGGAUGUAAUUGAAUUAAAAAGGGGGACAAUUAAAAAGUGUAAAGAGGAGACACUAGACGUGUGAGCAGAAGUACACAAGGAACCUGUCAUGGUGUGGUGAUGACCCCAGGAUUCAGAGACGGGAACCCAGUACAGGCAGUAUUCUUCAAGACUGACCUCGUGCAUGAAGGCUUGGUCCACAUAAUGACCCAAACAGCGCUCAGCAAAGGCAAAUGGAUGAUCCUGAGCUGCCACUCUGGGGGUGUGGAGUGACACAUGACGGAGCACGGCAGAAAAAGCGAGGCGACGUCGGGGGGCCUACUCGCUAACGGUGGACGCAUCGAUCCCAAGAUAAUCCCGAGACCGCAACAAGGUCAAAAUCCAAUCUCCAUCAACAUGACUCAUCCAGUUUCAAGAUCUAGACGAGAGAGACUGGAGCUCUCUUUUAAUUCCAGAAGUGGAUGUGACUAGGACACACCAGGAAGUGUCCUGGACAUCCCUUCCCUUCCCUUCCCUUUCUGAAGCCCAAUGUUUCUUUGUUUAAGAGUCCUUUGUAGAAAAAUCCCCUCCCAAAUCCUCAAGUAAGUCUCCCUCAAUGCCGAGUGAGCCCUGCCUUCUACAACCUCCAACAGGUUAAGGCUCUCUCCUCCGGGAUGGGCAGCCCGGCAAGGGCUCCUCUUGGUGGAUUUGGCAGCACCACCGCCACCACCUCCCUGGAGGUCACCGGAUGGACAUCCUGGCCGGGGAACAGCUCCCUGGAGCUCAACCAGAGCCUGGCCAUGGCGACGGGACUUGGGGGCGUUGGUGCUGCAGCGUCAGCAGCCAUGAGCGCGGGUGUGGACAACCUGACUCAGGAAAACAUCACCAGCUCGCCUAUGAAGGAGAAGAAUUGGCCGGCGCUGCUCAUCCUGGUCAUCAUAGCGCUGACCGUCGGUGGCAACAUCCUGGUCAUCCUGGCUGUGUCACUGGAGAAGAAGCUCCAAAACGCCACCAAUUUCUUCCUGAGGUCCUUGGCAGUGGCUGACAUGCUGGUCGGCAUCCUGGUCAUGCCAAUCUCCCUCAUCAACAUCCUGUACGACUAUGCCUGGCCCCUGCCCAGCGCCUUGUGUCCCAUCUGGAUCUACCUGGACGUACUCUUUUCCACUGCCUCCAUCAUGCACCUGUGCGCCAUCUCCCUGGACCGCUACGUGGCUAUCCGCAACCCAAUCGAGCACAGCCGCUUCAACUCCAGGACCAAAGCCAUGAUGAAGAUCGCCGCUGUCUGGACCAUAUCCAUAGGUGUUUCCAUGCCCAUCCCGGUGAUUGGCCUCCACAACGAGAACAAAGUCUUCGUCAAUGGCAGCUGCGUGCUGAACGAGGAGCGUUUCAUUCUGAUCGGCUCCUUCGUGGCCUUCUUCAUCCCGCUGGUCAUCAUGGUGGUGACAUACGGCCUCACCAUCCAGGUGCUGCAGAGGCAGGCCACCGUCUUCCUGUGCGAGGCCAAGACGUCCUCCCAGCAGCCUUUGCGGCCGCCCGCCAUUAGUGCCACCUUGCAGCCACCCGCCGUCCACCUCCCGCAGAUCCACACGCACGCCCCCCCGGAACCACAAGCAGAGCUGAAGCCGCCGCCCACACAGAGCCGCCGCAACACCCUGAGCUGCCUGAAGGGGGUGGACCCUAGCAUGUUACUCAGCGUCUCCACAUCGGAGAGCGUCAGCUUCAUUCCUAGCUCGGAGGCCGCGUCGCAGCUGAGCUCGCCGGCAGCUGGGCCUGGGCGGAGCGACGCCUCAGGUUGCCAUGGGCGACGGGGAAUGAUGCAAGCUAUCAAGAACGAGAGGCGGGCCUCCAAGGUGCUAGGAAUCGUCUUCUUCCUCUUCCUCAUCAUGUGGUGCCCCUUCUUCAUCACCAACGUCGCCUUCGUGCUGUGCGGCGGCUCCUGCAAUGAAUCCCUGUUGCAUGAACUGCUCAACGUCUUUGUGUGGGUGGGCUACAUCUCGUCGGGGGUCAACCCACUGGUCUACACACUCUUCAACAAGACCUACAGGAGAGCCUUCUCCAGCUACAUCCGCUGCCGCUACAAUAUGGGCACCAAUGCUGCCGCACAGGGCUGCAAGAACCCACCGGGGGGAGCAGCGACAUCGUCGUGCCCCUCGCACGCCGUCACGCCCCUGCUGGCGGACAGCCACAGGAAGGAGGGCGUGGACCGCAACAGUAACUGCCGCAAUGGCGGGCGGGGGGACAAUGGGCGGCUGGCCAUCGACCCGGAGGACACAACGGAUGACGGCACCCAAAUGGGGGGCACGUCGCAGAGCCUCUCAGAGUACCACAACAUCAGCGCUCUGUCAGAGACAGAGGCGGAGACGGAGGUAGAGCAAGAGCUGUCACUCAUCAGCUACAGCCCCGCCUCCAGGGUGCUCACAAGCAGCGUGUGAUGCCACUAUGUUUGGACUCUUUGAGCUUGUACCCGAAAGAAUGUGCAGGGAGGCUCUUAUUGUGAAAGGAUUGGCUGCACACAACGCAUGUGGGGGUCAGGGCGCAGUCCAUGCAGGGGUCAAAGGGCACCAGACUUUACGCGAAUCAGAUUGACUUUUGUGCAACAGUGCAAACCAGCAAAGAAAUUGGAUUUUCCUUUAGAAUUAAAAAAAAAUAAUAAUACAGGCGGCAGUGAGGAAUUUAUGGGAACCUCUGGUCUUACAGCGCCCUCUGGUGGCCACACGGAGACGGCAUCAACAACCCAGCACCUGAACCGUCCUUUUAUAAAAAAGAAAAAUGGAAAUAAAGGAAUAAAUAGAUCUUUAGAUUAGAUUAAUCAGAGGUAUAUAUACUGUAGGUCUUCCUCAUGUUUGCAAAGUGAAAUUGAGAGAAGUCACACAAUGGCGGCGUGUCAUACUGAAGCCACCACCAGCUUUUUAAAAGGCAGCCCAAAGGUCAAUGUAGAAAUCUUCUAGACAUGUUGAUGUCGCCAGCAGCACUGCAGAGUCGCCUCAUUCAUGUUUCUUACAAAGUGGAAGUUACCAGCACCUUCUUUUUCAGGCCAAUGUCAAAGAGCAACAGUCAGAGAUGACCAUUAGAAUGAUGAGCAGGAGUCAGAUUCUGAUUCUGUGCACCUUCUUCACGAACAGCGACAAGGAUUGAAGACGCUCGACUUUGUGUGAGCCUUAAAGCAGCGGCGUGGAGGAGGAGGGCCCAAUCACAAUGUCACUGUUUGUGGGAGGUAAUGACUGGAUUGUAGAGAACUUAGGAGUUCUUUCAAAGUGUGAGGCAGGCCUCCUCAUAGGGAGGUGCAGCACCUCGACAAAGAUAAAGAAAGCCAUCUUUAUCAAAGCCACCAAGAUACCUUCAGUUAUGUCAGGGGUGUCCAAACCUUUUUCCAUUGAGGGCUGCAAGUGCAUACAAAUGGAAGGAUGCGUGGAGGGGGACAUUUUGUACUUCACUUUCUCCCUGUCAGGGGUCACCACAGCAAGUUAAUCGCAUGAAUAUUUUUGACUUCGCUUUUACGCUGAAUGCCCUUCUUGACGCAGCCCUGGCCAGGAGGCUGCCCCUUUAGGCACAAGUAUGUUUAUUUUGACCUGAACACAUCAGUGACUGUAUAAUUCCAACACCAUAUACUGGAGGUAUCACUAGCUCACAAACACGCCGCUAGUCCUCCACGGAACGACACUUCCUCAUUGUCAGAGAGGUGCAUUCAAGGACACCCUGAAAAUCACAUUAACAUCUUUAUUAUGCGCGUAUGUGUGGUCGAAAAAAACAGAAAGACAAAGGAAAACACUCAUUAGCGUAACUCUUACUGCGGAAGUACAAUUUGCUGCAUUUCAGUGUGCUCAGAAAUGCCAGAAAAUACAUCCUUACCCUCACUAGGGACGCAGUGGUAUGCUGGAGCCUAUCCCAGCUGACUCCGGGCAAGAGGCAGGGCACUGCUGUAUGUUCAUAAAAUACAGUAAAAAGCAUAUUUCACACACAAUUGCAAAUGGAAAUUAAUCAUGAUUAAUUCGAUUUGUUUGAUUAAUUUGAUUACAAAUAUUAAUUUGACAGCCAUACUAAUGAUAUAUCUGAUUAAAAAUUUAUUUAUUUCAGUUUUGCAAUAUGCCAAGGGCCAUGAAAAAACAAGUAGCGGGCUGCACUUUGGACACCCUUGAGUUACUGUAUGGCAAUAUGGGGUGAGCAGAAAGCGCCACAAAAUAUGAUCCAGAAAAUCAUUUUUUGCUGGGUUAUUUUCUCUUGAGGGGAGGCUCACUGUGUCACACUUUGAAGACCCCUCAUCUAGAGGCAUCUGGUUUACUGGCAGAGUUUGAGGAAAAAGUAAAAGCCUCUCUCAUGAUAAACAUCUUUAGUUUUAUCAUCUCGUAUGCCCAACGCUCCCAAUCCAAGUCAGAGAGAACGUGUACACUGUAACAUAUGAAAAGGAUGCGGCGUCCUUAAGCGGGAAGUUACAACAGACUUUUGGUUGCCAGGCAACAAGAUAAAAGCUGCAUUGCCCCAUCUUUCUUUCAAGGUGCUGCUCACAAUGUUUUACCUGAGGCCCCUCCCCCUGCAACAAAAAAAUAACAAAAAGCACAGCAAUAUAUCUUUUAAACUCCAUUCAACUCUGCCAAUAAACAUCCAGGAAGAAGUCAGAAUUGGACUCAUUUUACUUUUUUUUUUAAUAUAUAUAACAUUUUUAUUGUGAAUGAACAUAUCUUCUUGCGUUUAUACGAUAAUCACCCAAGCAAUGUAUGUCUUUCUGUUUCUUUGAAGUGGGAUGCUGCAAUUUAUUUAUUAAAAAUAUGAUUCCAAUGUGUUCUUUUUGUGAGGCUUUUUCAAUGACAUUCAAAAUACAACACGAAAUAUUGCAGGACAGGACGACCUGAAAGUGGAAACCUUUUGCUACCCAGACCACAAAAGAUUGGAUUGAAGAAUGAUAAAGAUCUUGACAACAGCAACCACUAAAGAAAAAAUAUAUAUUUUCCCCAAUAUUAUUUUAUUACACAGAGGAACAAUAAAACAAUAACAUUAAACCCGACAACAAAUGAUCGGACACGUGGAAUUGUGAAUUGUAACGUGAAGUGUUC